AAACCCGAUGUAGUAACAUGCAGUUGUUUCAGUCUACCGGUGAACUCUGGCUGAGCUGUUAAAACAUUCAUUUUGAGUGCUAAGCUUUUAGUGAUCCUGUGAACUUGGAAAUCAAAGAAAUCAGUUUAACACAAAGCUGCAACACUUCAAUUGAAAAUUGAGAUUUGAAGAGGAGAAUGUGAAUUCUCUGCUACAAAAUGGUACUAGGUGCACAAACCAUCGAAGAACACAAACAGAAUGGUGACUUUGGAAAGAACAAUUCCCAAUUAUUUGGGCCUUCCUCAAUUGAAAAUGAUCACAUCACCAGCUCUCCGUCCCCAACAACAAUGAUUGUCGACCUGGAGGAUGUCGACAGCACAACAAAUCGCCCCCACAACCACCGCAGGGAAGUGACUCCGGUUUAUAAAGAAGUUGUCAUUGUGGGGAACGGCCCGUCAGCUAUCACGCUGUCCUAUUUCCUGGCUGGCAAUUGUCCUUACUACAAUGGACUUGGAGAAAGUGUAAACGAUAUGCUUCACUGCAGACUUGUCGCAGACUCGAAAACCUCUCCAACUGGAAAUCGUAGUUUGGUUGAACAAGACCUCACAUUUCUUGCUCAGGGCUUGGAAGGAAGAUCAUCAAAUCCAAUUGCCUUACUAUUUGACACUCUAAAUCAUCCUCAAGCCGACACCGGACUUGAACUGCCAUCGCUCCUAGAUUGGAAACACAGAUCCGAAUAUGAGAUUGACCACGUCGUCAUCGGGAAAGGCCCGGCGCCUGGUGGGGCUUGGCAGUCCAUGGAAGGCGACGUCCUGACCAUAAGUCGUGGGUGUUGGAUGGAGCUUCCUCAAAUCAAUUUCAGAGAGUGGGAACGAAUGCAACAGUCGCGAUUUCAAAGGGAGUCAAGGGCAACGGUAGCAUCGGUGGCGCAAUAUUACUGCGACUACGUUGCGGCCCAUGACCUUCAAAAAUAUUUUCGCAACUCAUCCGUCAUUACUGAGGUGACGGUGUGUCAGUCAAAAAGUCUUCCAGAGCAUUGUGAUAACAUUCCUCCAGAUUUGAUAAGUGGGGAUGAAGAUGAAGAUCGAAACUUCAGGAGACACACGAUCAGUGAGAUUCCUGUUGGCAAAGCUAUACGAAAACGCAAUCAGAAUUUGUGGACUGUCAAAGGAUAUGACAAGACGAAUAAUGGGAUACAACCAUUUACAUACGUGACAAAAAAUCUUUGUCUGGCCACAGGGACCACCGACCUCCCAAAUAUACUCAACGUCCAAGGAGAAAAUCUUCCAUUUGUUUUGCAUUCCUUGAAUGAACUCGAGAGUCUCAUCAAUUCGGGGGAGUUGAGUGAAUCUUCAGACCCGGUGAUGAUAAUCGGAGCUGGCCUAAGUGCCGCCGACGCAAUUAUUGCCACCCGAUUCCAUUCUAUUCCAGUGGUCCAUUGUUAUCGUAGAAAUGUGGACGAUAAGAAUUUAAUUUUCAAGCACCUUCCCGUCAACAUGUAUCCCGAGUAUCACAAAAUAUAUCAGAUGAUGCAGUACCCAUCGGGUUAUGAAGGAUAUAAAGUUUUUGAACAACAUGUUGUGGCGGAUAUCCUCCCAGACAGAAGGGUAAAAUUGGUUGGACCGAGCUCAUGUCGCAUUCUAAGGGUUUCAGCUGUCGUUGUCUGUAUUGGCUCUCAUCCUGAUUUGUCAUUCCUCGGAGACAUUCAGUACGACAUAGGAAUUCACCCUGGAAUGAGAAUAGAUUGCAAGAGGAACCCUCUUGCAAUAAAUUUUGCAACUCAUGAGAGUGUUCGUCAGCCUGGCUUGUUUGGGUUGGGACCGUUGGUCGGAGAAAAUUUUGUUAGAUACGUACAAGGCGGAGCACUUGCCGUUUCCAAUCAUCUAUUAAAACAGAAGAAGGAGGAAGUGGAAAGAAAAUAAAAAUAAUCAUCAUCGCAGAGUGGUACUUAAAUAUGCUGACAACCAAAUCAAUCAAUUCCCAUUGCUGUUAUCCGGUAAAAAAAGAUUCUUAAAAGCAACCAGACAAAGGAACGGAAGGGAUGUUAAUAACAUCAUGUUAUCUCCAAAAAAAUGUAUUAGCAAAACAUUUACUUAUCUAUCAUGCACGAUGUAUAACUUAGCGAUUAAGUGUAAGUAGUACUGGUAUCAGCACAAAUUCACACGUUGUACCUUACAGAAAAUAUAGUCUGCCAAGUUACAUAUAGUUCUCUAGAUGCAAAAUAUAAAUUUAUACGUGAACUAUUGCAUUGUAGACUGCACAAUAAAUAAUUUAACCUGUAAAUGUACCUGUAAAGCUACUCUACAGACUUUUUCAAAACAAAUACCUGCAGUCAAAUAAUAUUACUGGGUUUGGGUACAGCUAAUUGUAAUUCGUUUUUAGAAAUAUGUACAUAGUCGUGAAUAUAAAUACAUGUAUAAAUACACACAUACAUCUACUAGCUAGUCAAUAUAUUUCGAACUAUGUACAUACAUAUGUAUAGCCGUGCACGGAUGUGUAACCAUAUUAUCUAUGUGUACAUUUAUAUUCAUUCCUUGCUAUAAUUUUAAAUAUAUCUGCAGUAUUAUAUAAUAUGCUGCUUGCUUCGUUUUCAGGACUGUUUAUAUUACAUACACAUUAAUAUGUGCCUAUACUUCCAUU